GGGGAGGGAAGAGAACAAGGGAGGCUGCUCUGCUGCUGUAGCUGCGGAGGGGAGCGGAGCAGAGAGCACCAAGGGGAUCCGCAGCAGGCGGCGGCGCAGCCAUGGGCUCCGAGAAGGACUCGGAGUCUCCGCGCUCCUCGUCCAUCCACGCGGCCGCGCCCAAGUGCCCCAAGCCGGGCCGCCGCCGCCGCCUCUCCUUCCAGAGCGUCUUCGCCGCCGCCGCCGCCUCCGCCUCGGGCGGGGUCCGGGGCCGCCGCAAGGCCAAGGCCGAGCCCGCGCCGCCCGCGGCCCCGGCCCCGCCGCCGCCGCCCCCCGCGCCCCCGGCCCCGGCCCCCGCCCCGGCCCCGCUGGAGGACGAGGAGGAGGCGGCGGCGGCCCCGGCCCCGGCCCCAGCCCCGACCCCGGCCCCGGCCCAGGCCCCGGCGGAGGAGGAGGAGGAGGAGGCGGAGGAGCUGGAGUGCCCGCUGUGCCUGGUGCGGCAGCCGGCGGCCAACGCGCCGCGCCUGCUGUCCUGCCCGCACCGCUCGUGCGGCGCCUGCCUGCGCCAGUACCUGCGCAUCGAGAUCACCGAGUCCCGCGUCAACAUCUGCUGCCCCGAGUGCAGCGAGCGCCUCAACCCGGCCGACAUCCGCCGCCUGCUGCGCGACGCGCCCCACCUGGUCGCCAAGUACGAGGAGUUCAUGCUGCGCCGCUGCCUGGCCGCCGACCCCGACUGCCGCUGGUGCCCCGCGCCCGACUGCGGGUACGCAGUUAUUGCCUACGGCUGUGCCAGCUGCCCCAAACUGACCUGCGAGAGGGAAGGCUGCCGGACAGAGUUCUGCUAUCACUGCAAGCAGAUAUGGCACCCCAACCAAACCUGCGAUAUGGCCCGUCAGCAGAGGGCUCAGACGCUGCGGGUACGGACGAAGCACACCUCAGGCCUCAGUUACGGACAGGAGUCCGGACCAGCUGAUGACAUCAAGCCAUGUCCACGUUGCAGCGCUUACAUCAUCAAGAUGAAUGAUGGGAGCUGCAAUCACAUGACCUGUGCCGUGUGUGGUUGCGAGUUUUGCUGGCUGUGCAUGAAGGAGAUCUCCGAUUUGCAUUACCUCAGCCCUUCCGGCUGCACCUUCUGGGGCAAGAAGCCAUGGAGCCGUAAGAAGAAGAUUCUCUGGCAGUUGGGCACGUUGAUUGGUGCCCCAGUAGGCAUUUCCCUCAUUGCUGGCAUUGCCAUUCCUGCCAUGGUCAUUGGGAUCCCAGUCUAUGUUGGAAGGAAGAUCCACAGCAGGUAUGAGGGCAAGAAGACCUCCAAGCACAAGAGAAACUUGGCUAUCACAGGCGGCGUCACCCUGUCUGUCAUUGCCUCCCCAGUCAUUGCUGCUGUCAGCGUUGGUAUUGGUGUCCCCAUCAUGUUGGCCUAUGUCUACGGUGUCGUGCCCAUUUCUCUCUGCCGUGGCGGUGGCUGCGGGGUCAGCACAGCCAACGGGAAGGGCGUGAAGAUAGAGUUUGAUGAAGAUGAUGGGCCAAUUACAGUGGCGGACGCUUGGCGGGCCCUGAAGAACCCCAGCAUUGGCGAGAGCAGCAUCGAGGGGCUGACCAGCGUGCUGAGCACCAGUGGGAGCCCCACGGAUGGGCUCAGCGUCAUGCAGGGCAACUACAGCGAGACGGCCAGCUUCGCUGCCCUUUCAGGUGGCACCCUGAGCGGUGGAGUCCUCUCCGGAGGGAAGGGGAAGUACAGCAGGCUGGAGGUGCAGGCGGAUGUCCAGAAGGAGAUUUUCCCAAAGGACUCGGUCAGUCUCGGGGCAAUCAGCGACAACGCCAGCACUCGGGCAAUGGCAGGCUCCAUCAUCAGCUCGUACAACCCCCAGGACAGAGAAUGCAACAACAUGGAGAUCCAGGUGGACAUUGAGGCCAAACCCAGCCACUACCAGCUUGUGAGCGGCAGCAGCACGGAGGACUCUCUCCAUGUCCACACCCAGAUGGCAGAGGAGGACGAGGAGGACGAGGAAGGUGAGGAGGAACAGGAGCAGACCUGCAAACACCAAAGCUGUGAGCGGAAGGACUGCGUUGCCAGCAAAACCUGGGACAUCACCCUGGCGCAGCCCGAGAGCAUACGGAGCGACCUGGAGAGCUCCGACAGCCAGUCAGACGACGUGCCAGACAUUACCUCGGACGAAUGCGAGUCCCCCCACUCUCAGACUGCUGCCUGCCCCCGGACCCCGAAAGCCAGAGGUGCUGAGAGCCCAAGUGCCCACAUGAGCCACUGUGCCCAAGCCGAGGGCUGCAGGCCGGAUGACGUGCUGUCUCACAUGGAGUGCAUUGAAGCCAGAGUAUGAAGCUGCCUCUUCCUGAAGAGCACACUUGCUGUCGCUGCAUUUGGGGGCGGGGGCUGGGAUUGCGUCCUCCUUGGCUUCUGUUUCCGAUUCUCUGUCACUCCCCCAGCCCGGCCCUGGGGAGAUGCCAUUUCUUACGUGACAAAGCCCCCCCUGCCCCCUCUGUUUUAAUUUAUUGACCCCAACGCUUGUUGGUGCUCUGUGCGAGUGUACAUAUGUAUGUGUGUGUCCUGUGUGUCUGCAAACAUACUGAAGGACUGUUUUAAUAAAGACUUCCAUUGUCAUUGGA